GAAUGACAACAUGGAAUAAUCAACAAGUUACUCCUACUUCCUCUUCCUCCUUUCCAGACAAAAAAUUAAUAUACAUAACACCUAAAUAUCAACUUCCUGCUGAAAGAUUGAUGAUUGGUAAAGAUAAAAGACCUUCUUUCUCUAAUAUUUGGUGUACAUUAUGUGAUGUUCCAUUGUGUUGUAAUAAUAAUAGAAACUGUUUUAAAAUUUAUCAUGAAAAACAAAAUAUCAAUUUAAAUGAGGAUUAA